CAUUCAACCACGGCCACCUUUCCAACGAUCCGUCCGCUCGAUUCUCUAGAACGGACACACACACGGCAGCGAGCAGCUUUAUAAAGCACAAGCUUGUCCAGUGUCCGCCAUGUGGCGAGACCGUACCAACCUCUACAUAUCAUACCGGCAAUCGUACGCCCACCACCCCGCCAAGAAACCGAAAUACUCCUCAGCCUCUGGAAAUGGCUACUCGGAUACGAUUGGCGGUGGCUCCGAAGAGCGCCGCGGGCUCAUGUCCAGCGGCGCAUUUGAGGACGAUGGCGACGCCGUCAUCGAAAUGGACCUGCUGCCCCCACGAUGGGCGGACGUAUCGGACGAAGUGACAGAAUACCUGGCGGAUAUUGCGAGCAAGAGUGCCAAGUUGGAGAAACUUCAUCAGAAGCAUGUAUUGCCAGGGUUCGAUGAUGAAGAUGUCAAGAGGAGAGAGGAAGGGGAGAUUGAGCGGCUGACGCAGGAUAUCACCAAGGGAUUUCACGAUUGUCAGAAAGCUAUUCAGAGGGUGGAAAUGAUGGUUCGAGAAUCAAAGAAAUCAGGGGGUAUUUCCAAGGGGGAAGAGACCAUGGCAAGGAAUAUCCAGAUCUCCUUAGCAGGACGGGUCCAGGAGGCUUCCGCAGGUUUUAGAAAGAAGCAGAGUGCCUAUCUAAAAAAACUCCGUGGGGUAUCAGGAAUGCAACCACAACUCGACCGCUCUACCGCACCCACAUAUACCAACUUCACCGAUCCCUCAAUGAUGGAAUCCGACGCCGACAAAUCCUACUCCCAAUCCACCCUCCAACAAACCUCCCAAAAACAGCUCACAUCUAAUGACGCUGCCAUCAUGCAACGCGAGCGCGAGAUCACCGAAAUAGCACAGGGCAUCAUCGAAUUAGCGGAUAUAUUCAAGGAGUUACAGACCAUGAUCAUUGAUCAAGGGACAAUGCUGGAUCGCAUUGAUUAUAAUGUGGAGAGGAUGGCGGUCGAUGUCAAGUCUGCAGACAAGGAGUUGAAGGUCGCUAGCGGAUACCAGAGGAAGGGAACGAAACGGAGAAUUAUAAUGCUGUUGAUUUUGCUAAUAGUGGGGAUGAUAAUCUUGUUGGUGAUCAAGCCAAAACGCCAUAGGAGUGAGGUAGAUAGUAAUAUACCACCACCGCCUUGAAUGGUUGACACGAC